GCUCUGGUUCAGCCGCUGACCUGACCUCUGAGAUGACCUCUGAGCUGACGUCUGCUACUGACGGUACACCGCAGGAAGAUUCGAUUGUGCGCGACUGCAGUGACGUGCCCUUAGGAUCCCCCAGCGGGGCAUACUUUAUCAAACCUGAUGGUGUGACUCCGACCCCAGCCUACUGUGACAUGGACGACGGCGAGGGAUGGACCGUCUUCCAAAGAAGAGCCGACAUCACACCAAGGCAGGACUUCUUCCAGGACUGGGAGGCCUACAAGUGGGGCCUGGGAGUUUUCGUUGGGGAGUUCUGGUGGGGACUUCACUACCUCUGGCAGCUGACCUCCCAGCAGGAUCGCGAGUACGAAUUGCGGGUCGAUCUUUGGGAUUGGGACGGGCAAACGAGGUACGCCACCUACCAGAAGUUCACCAUCGCGUCCGAGGCUGACGGCUACCGACUGGACUUUACCGACUACGCGGGAAACGCCGGGGACAGUCUAAGCUACCACAACGGGAUGCAAUUCUCCACGUUUGACCGGGACCAUGACGCCUGGGAUGAGAGCUGUGCAGCUGAGUGGCAGGGAGCCUGGUGGUACUAUUACUGCUACACCUCGAACCUGAACGGCAGGUACCUUUCCGAAUCGUGUGACUGGACGGGCAUCAUGUGGCGAGAAUGGAGGGAAGAGUACUGCCUGAACGCCACGACCAUGAAGAUCAGACCAACAAAGAAGGCGUGAACGUCCAAAACCUCAGCCGACUUGACUCGGCACGGUGGUAUCAUGUCGCAACGAUUGAUACAAAUAAAGCAUCGGCGCUCAGCAA